AUGGGACGUUGUUUUUCGGGAUUUGAUUAUAAUACUUUCUGUCUUACAGUAACGUUUCUCACGGGCAGCGCUAUCUUUUGCUCUGUUUUGAACGAUUGUCAUGCUGAAAUGGCCAACAAUGUUAAGCAAGAAACAAUUUCGGGCGAGGCUGUUAUUACUACUUAUCUUUCAGGGGACAUAAAUGGUUUGAUAACGUACAACAAACUUUGUAAGGCUGUUGAUUUUUUAAACCAGUGGAAUCCACAUGCAGUCAUCGACUUUCUUAAUCAGUUUGUGGACAUCGGCCAUUUGUUUGACCAUCGUUGUAAACAGCUGGUGUUGAAAUUUGCUCAAGUGGAUUGGCAGUUUGUUCCGAGUGAGAUACGACCUCAGUUUGUCAAACUGCUUCGAGAUAUUGGUGUACAGUACAUUUGUCAUACUGAAUCGAUUAUGCGAUGUUUCGUAGAACAUUUACUUGCUAAAGUCCAACUUCAUUCUAGUACUGGUCAAAAUCAAGAGGGUAAAAAUAACAUUAUGAACAGAAAUACUGCUGUGUUUACGUUAUGUCUCACAGAAGAAGAACAAGACAAUAUAUACAAUUUGGCAAGUGAUGGUUUGGGAUUUAUACUGAAAUGUUUUCCACUGGCAACAAGAAGUCUCGUCAAAAUUAUUCGUCAGCGCUUUCCUCAUCAUUCGGUACCAUCAAUUCGAUAUGUCAGUUAUGUAAAAAAUCUUAUAUUAAUAUGUCAAAAUAUCCCGCAGUGUCGAGAGGAUAUCUUUUGCAUUAUUAUUGACGGUCUUGCUCAACUCGAUGCAGUAUUGACGAAGGUGGAAAAUUCAAGCAGGAAAGAGGAUAGCUGUGAUGACGGUCUAAGCGUAUUUUUAUUGGAUGAAGAAUACGAAAGAAAAAUUAGCGAAGUGCAAGAUAAUAAUGAUAAAGUGGAAAAAUUGGAUACUUGCAUGUCUAUUAUGUUCGAUUAUUUAGGAAAACUUUGCAGUCAUGAAAAUCCGUCGAAAAUAGGUUGUGGUUGGUUGCCAUCAACAUCCAAAGGAAAAAUAUUAAAAGAAUUAUUAGUUGUAUUCGAGGAGCAUCUUCUAAUGGCUCACGGUUUGAAAAACAUAUCGUUUCUUUGGUUCUACGUCUGUAGUCUUGAUAUGAGUUAUCCAAAAGAUUUUCUGAGCUGGUUGUGGAAUUUUGUUACGCGAUUAAACCAGACACCUAAUGACUGGAAGAAAGCGCAGGGUGCUACUUGUUACAUCGGUAGCAUGCUUUCUCGUGCUUCAUAUAUUGAUCUCAGUACAACGAUGGAAUGGUUGGAAGUAUUGUCACACUGGUGUACUACUUAUGUGAAUGAGAUGAUUGAUCGGACAACUGAUGCAACGGCAGGUUCGACUCGGCAUGGAACGUUCUAUGCUGUCUUCCAAGCCUUUCUCGUUGCGUUUUGUUUUCGAUACCGCGAAAUAGUACAAGCGAAAGAAAUGAUCAAGAUACAUCACUGGGGGCUGGGACAUAUUGUCCACAGUACAUUAGAGCCCUUAUCAUAUAUUAGCCAUCCAGUCGCUUUAUGUUUUGCAACAAUAAGCAGAUCCAUGCAGCUUGUCUAUGUAAAUCAUAUUUUGCCAGCAAAACCAGCAGAGAUGAUGCCUUUUGAACCUCAUUUCCCAUUUGAUUCUUAUAGUUUGGAGAGGUCGCUCUCUUUUAUUGCUCCACUUAUGCGCAAAUUUUCACCUCUUGCUGAAGAUGUGAGUACUUUGAAAAAUGAAUUACUGUGGAAAAAUGUAAUCGAGGCUAUGGAUUGCCAUACUUAUGAGGGAGAUAAUGGCUCAUGGGAAUUUCUUGAUGAUAUUAGGCGAGACCAAAAUGAGUUCCAGCGAGUCGAUGCCGAAGUUUUGAAUACUGUGGAAGAAAGGAACCCUUCUCUCAAAAUUGCUAAUGAAUUUUUAACCGUUUAUUCAACUUCACCCGGACUCAAGCAGUUCAAAACUUCAUCUUCCUUAGGCGCAGAUCGAUAG